UGUCCCACAUGGUUUUACAGCAAGCAGGUUGGCGUCUGAAGCAGAGCAAAGCGGCAGCAUGCGUGGCAAAGCGAAAAGUAAAACAACCGACAGAUUGAAAAGACCGGCCCCGAAGGAAGAAGCUGUUCAACAAAUUGAACAGCUCCCUCUGUUCAGUGACGAGGCUGGUCCUGAUGGGAGUGAUGAAGAUGACGAGGACCUGACAGACAGUGAGGAGAGCAUCUACUCUGGCCUGGAGGACUCUGGAAGUGACAGCGAGGAUGACGACGAGGAGGAAGAGGCAGAAAUGAACUCUAGUGCUGAAGAAGUGAAGAGUGGUAUUGAAACAGCACCACAGGGACAAGAUGCUACAGGGAAGCUGAGCAAACUGCAGUCGAAGAGGCAGAAGUCCACCCCAGUAAAGGUGGUGAAAGGAGAGCUGGAGAAGCAGCCGGGCAGUGCUGCACUGGGAGAUGAGUAUGAGCAGGACUCUUCAGACGAGGAGGAUAUCCGUAACACCGUUGGUAAUAUCCCUAUGGAGUGGUACAAGGAUUACCCUCACAUUGGAUACGACCUGGAUGGAAAGAAGAUCUUCAAGCCGAUUAGAAAUAAGGAUGAACUGGAUGAGUUUCUGGAGAAGAUGGACAACCCUGAUUACUGGCGCACGGUUCAUGAUAAGAUGACGGGCUCUGAUAUCAGACUGACUGACGAGCAGAUCGACCUUGUGCAUCGUCUCCAGAAGGGACAGUUCGGAGAUGUUGGCUUCAACCAGUAUGAGCCUUCUAUCGAUUUCUUCUCUCAUGAGACCAUGAUCCACCCAGUGACCAACCGUCCAGAGCACAAGCGCAGCUUCAUCCCCUCGCUGAUUGAGAAGGAGAAGGUCUCCAGACUGGUCCAUGCAAUAAAGAUGGGCUGGAUCAAGCCUCGCAAGCCCAAGGACAGCAUGCCACAGUACUACGAUCUCUGGGCGAAGGAGGACCCCAAUUCUAUACUGGGAAGACACAAGAUGCAUGUUCCAGCCCCGAAGCUGAAGCUGCCGGGACACGAGGAGUCCUACAAUCCUCCCCCGGAAUACCUUCUUACUGAGGAGGAAAAACUGGCAUGGGAGCAGCAGGAGGCCGAGGAGAGGAAGCUGAACUUCAUCCCGCAGAAGUUCUCCUGCCUGCGCGCCGUGCCUGCGUUCCAGCGCUUCAUCCAUGAGAGAUUCGAGCGCUGCCUGGACCUCUACCUCUGCCCCCGGCAGCGCAAGAUGAGGGUAAAUGUAGAUCCAGAGGAUCUGAUCCCAAAACUGCCAAAACCAAAAGAUCUUCAGCCGUUCCCCACCACGCAGUCACUGGUCUACCGCGGACACACUAAUUUGGUGCGCUGCAUUAGCCUGUCCCCUUGCGGGCAGUGGCUGGCCUCGGGCUCUGACGACUGCACCGUGCGCUUCUGGGAGGUGAGCUCGGCACGCUGUAUGAAGACAGUGGAAGUGGAAGGAGCUGUAAAGAGCAUCGCCUGGAACCCUAACCCAGCUCUGUCUCUCGUUGCUGCCUCGCUGGAGCAGUCUGUGGUCGUGCUGAACCCUGGUCUGGGGGAUGUCCUGGUGUCCAGCGUCACAGAGCAGCUCAUCUCCUCGUAUGUGGAGCCGGAGGAGGAGAAGACUCAGGCAGUGCAGUGGGUCGUCCCUGAGACAGAGGCCUCGGAGAAGGGACUCCGGCUCAUCAUCAGACAUCCAAAGUCUGUGAAGCAGGUGACCUGGCACGGGAAGGGGGAUUACCUGGCCAGUGUUAUGCCAGACAACGGCAACACACAGGUGCUGAUCCACCAGCUGAGCAAGCGCCGCAGUCAGAACCCCUUCCGCAAGAACAAGGGACUGGUGCAGUGCGUGGCCUUCCACCCCAGCCGGCCCGCCUUCUUCGUGGCCACACAGCGCUACAUUCGCGUCUACAACCUCAUCAAGCAGGAGCUCACCAAGAAGCUGCUGGCCAACUGCAAGUGGGUUUCCAGCAUGGCGGUCCACCCUGGAGGUGACAAUGUGAUCUGUGGGAGCUAUGACAGCAGACUGACCUGGUUUGAUCUGGAUCUCUCUACAAAACCUUAUAAAGUCCUCCGACACCACAAGAAGGCACUCCGAGGAGUCGCUUUCCACAAGAGCUACCCUCUGUUUGCCUCUGCCUCUGAUGAUGGCAGUGUCAUCGUCUGCCACGGCAUGGUCUACAAUGACCUGCUGCAGAACCCUCUGAUUGUCCCUGUGAAGGUUCUGAAGGGUCAUGAGGUCACAAGGGAUCUGGGAGUCCUGGACGUAGCGUUCCACCCCACCCAGCCCUGGGUGUUCUCCUCCGGCGCCGACUCCACAAUCCGGCUGUUCACCUGAACGGGGGGGUGGGGGUAGAAUACCUGUGUCUUGCAGGGGUUCUGCGGUAGAAUACCUGCGUCUUGCAGGGGUUCUGCGGUAGAAUACCUGCGUCUUGCAGGGGUUCUGCGGUAGAAUACCUGCGUCUUGCAGGGGUUCUGCGGUAGAAUACCUGCGUCUUGCAGGGGUUCUGCGGUAGAAUACCUGCGUCUUGCAGGGGUUCUGCGGUAGAAUACCUGCGUCUUGCAGGGGUUCUGCGGUAGAAUACCUGCGUCUUGCAGGGGUUCUGCGGUAGAAUACCUGCGUCUUGCAGGGGUUCUGCGGUAGAAUACCUGCGUCUUGCAGGGGUUCUGCGGUAGAAUACCUGCGUCUUGCAGGGGUUCUGGGGUAGAAUACCUGUGUCAUGCAAGAAUAAUGUACCGUUCAAUGGAUGGUUCAUUAAUAAGAAAUGAUUAAAGAUAAAAUAUUUAAGACCAUAGUCCACCAGAGAAACCAAUGUUCUGUAACUUGAAAUAUGUAGAUGCAUUGUUUUAUUAAAUCGUAUCCUUAUUGCUCUUUUCUAUUUUUUGUUUGUUUUAUUUUUUGUGGUGGUAUGCAAAUUAAAAUAACUGGUAACAGUGAUGCAAAUGAUGGUGUUGAUUUUUCUAAAAUGUUGUGCUACUAUAACAUGUACUUUCUUCAGGCGAGUUCUUGUGUUUUUAUUACCAGCUGCUACAACAUCGCAACUAUUAGUGCUUGAAGGUUUUAGCAGUGAAAUAUACUUGAUGCAUUCUGCAGUAUUCAUCUGUUAACACCAGCAGUGCCCCAAGACUAGUGGCAGAAAAUGUGUUUUAUCCUUAUUAUGCUAAAAAAGCAUGUGUAUUGCCCUGCAUGUAUGUGUACUACCUGCAUGUGUGAGCAGUCCCUGCGUGUGUGUGUGUGAAAUACCCUGCAUGUGUGAGCACUCACUGGCUAUGUGUGAGCACUCCCUGCAUGUGUGAGCACUCCCUGGCUGUGUGUGUAUUACCCAGCAUGUGUGAGCACUCCCUACGUGUGUGUGUGAUACCCUGCAUGUGUGAGC